GGCCCUGCCUCGCGCCUUUACUUUCCCUCCAUCCGCUAAGGUCCCUCUAUCCCUGUGCCCUCGCGCCUCCGGGGCUUCCAUCCCUCCCAGCUCAUAGCCUUCUCUCCAUCGCCCUCCCGCAGGCGCGGUCCUUCCCUGGUAGCCUCUCCACAGCAUCCUUCGCUGCUGCUCCGUCGCUGUUCCCUGCUCCCGUUGGCCCCAUCCCUCCACCUUCAGGCCAUUCGCGUCUGCUCCGCUGUGGCCAGAGCCUCCCCGAGCCCUUCUUUCUGGAGCAGCCCAUCCUCUCUGAACCUCCUCCCCACCCUCAUCCCUGACUUUCUUCCGCACGCCCCCUCCCAUCUUCACCCUCUUCUCCAGAUGGCUUGUGUGUUUUGCCCCCGACCAUUUCCCUCGGUAGCCUUUUCCCGUCGCUCCUGACUCCCCCGAUUUGCUUUGUUCACGUGCAUUUUUCCUCUGGGGCGGGGGCGGGAAGAGCGUGUGCCACCGGGAGGGAACGAACGGGUUCUACGCUUGGAGGGAAUGGGCUUGGGCCGGGGUGCUCCGGAAGAGCCGCGGACUCAGGGAGGAGGUCGAGGUUUACCUCCCUGAGAGAGGUCGGGAGUCCGCUUCCCAGAAGGGUGGGGUCCGCCUAGGAACCCUGGGACCCGCCUGCACCUGUCAGCGGGGGCAGGCGGGGCAGGGCCGGCUUUUUAUUUACCUUUGGCAGGGGGAGGGAAGAAAGGCGCUUCCUUAAUGGUCCUCUCCUUCCAGCCCCUGCCUUACUACCGUCCCCCAUCCCCACCCCACGCAUCCAUUACACUUUUGGGCUGAACAUAUUAGUACAGUCCUCUCCCAAACCCCCCAAUUUUCCCCUCCCUAACUCCCAAUUUCUCCCGCCUACACGCCCUAGUGACCUCAGGCUGAGAGAAUAAUUCGUAUUAUUAUUCCAAACAAACUCACUCUCCGGAAGCCUGAUUUCUGAGACCCAGUUUAUUUCCAUGGAGACCCUCCUCUGCGUUCACCUCUUUCCCCAUUCUCCUCCCCUCCAUUUCCCUGCCCCCUAAGGCUCUGACUCAGCUCCCCCUCUUCCUCAAAGGCCACCCCUCCCUCCCCUCGCUCCCACUCUUCACCGAGAGAGCUUGCACUGCCUGCCCCAUUAUUGUUAGGUCCAGAUGUCUUUCCUCUCUGACCUAGCCACAGGUCCUGGUCUUACCUGUCUCAUCGUUUCACAAGAUCCCAAGAGAGAACAUAACAACUUUGGACGUGUGGCAUGCUGAGCCCUACCCAUCCAUCAGUCCCGGAGAGCGCCAUCCCCUUUGUCACCAGUUCUUUUGGUGCUUGGUGGAUGCCUCUUCCUGCCCAAGACCCAGUCUGCACUUCUUUAAAAAAAAGGGGGGGGGGGACGACUUAUGAUCCUAAACCCCAAAAGCAAAAGUUCAUGUAUGCAAUGGCUUUAGGGCAGAUGGCUGCCACCCAAUUCUUGAAUCUCUUCCUAAAUACUCAAGUAAUUCUUUCCCAGGAGUUACAGAGGAUACCACCUUGCGCUUAGGGAACGAAGUGAUUGCAGUGGACUGGAAAGGCCUCAAGGAUGUCGACCGGAUCAACAUGGAUAGCACCAGCUCGCUGCAUGGCAGCAGCCUCCAUCGGCCUUCUACAGAGCAAACACGAACAGAUUUCUCCUGGGACGGCAUCAAUCUCUCCAUGGAGGACACCACUUCCAUCCUUCCGAAGCUUAAGCGAAACUCUAAUGCCUAUGGCAUUGGGGCCCUGGCCAAGUCAUCAUUCUCAGGGAUCUCGAGGAGCAUGAAGGACCACGUGACAAAGCCUACAGCCAUGGGCCAAGGCCGGGUGGCCCACAUGAUUGAGUGGCAGGGCUGGGGGAAGGCCCCAACAAUUCAGCCACAACACAGCCAUGAGGCUGUGCGCAGGGAUACAGAUGCUUACUCUGACCUCAGCGAUGGUGAGAAGGAGGCACGUUUCCUAGCAGGUGUCAUGGAACAGUUUGCUAUUUCUGAGGCUACACUUAUGGCCUGGUCUUCCAUGGAUGGCGAGGACAUGAGCGUCAAUUCUACCCAGGAGCCACUGGACUGCAACUACAGUGACAACUACCAGGAACUGAUGGAAAGUCAGGAUGCACUAGCUCAAGGCCCCAUGGAUGGAUGGCCGCACUCCUACGUGUCACAGGGGAUGUACUGUCUGGGGUCAUCUGACGCCUGGGAAGCAAGUGACCAGUCCCUCAUUGCAUCUCCAGCCACAGGAUCCUAUCUUGGCCCUGCAUUUGAUGACUCACAGCCGAGCCUGCAUGACAUGGGGCCUUCCCAUCCUGCUUCAGGAUACUCUGCUCAGGAGCCUCCACCUUUGUUGGGGGUAGACACUGACUGGGCAUCAGAGGUUGGUGGGGUGGAACUGGCUAGGGGAUCUGUGGAGGAAGAGAAGAGACCACUGGCCCCUGAGGAGGAAGAAGAUGCUGGAUGCCGGGAUCUGGAGUCACUUUCCCCACGAGAGGACCCAGAGAUGUCCACUGCUCUCAGCCGGAAAGUGUCCGAUGUCACAUCCUCAGGUGUGCAGUCCUUCGAUGAGGAGGAGGGGGAUGCCAACAACUAGCUUCUUCCCACCCCACUCUGUCCUGAGGGGUAUGGCUGCAACCCGUACCCCUUCCAAAGCUCGAGCAGCACAGAUGAGACCUGGGCAGAAGACAGCAGGGAACUGGGAGCUUCCAGCCCUCACCAGGCCGCUAGCUGCCCUGGAGAGUGAAGGACCAGCAGGGGGUUUUAUCUAGGCUUGCACUCCAGAAAUCGUCAUUCCAGGAACUGAGACCCAGGCAAUUAGGUGGCAUGGUGGUGGGAGAUGCCCAGGUCUGUCGCUGAACACUGAAUCUCAGUUUUUACACCCCUGAUUUCGUCUUCCAGGAGCCUUGGCUGUGCUGUCCGAAUGCCUCUUUUCUCCAUUUCACUCUUGCUUUCCUGAUUCUGUUUUCUCUGCCCAUGGCACCAGUGCAUCCCCACUGUGGGAAGCAGGCCUCGGGGGCUGUUGGACGUGGCUUGGUGGGUCCAGCACACUACCUGGCUGAAGGAGUGGCCUGAAGGGCGGGCCCUUCUGUAUUUAGCAUAGGCAGUGGGCCCAGCUCAGGCAAUCUUUGGUUUCUGAGAUCAGGAGCCAAUGGUGAGGUGGACAUGGCAGCUGGGACUGGCAGGGGUCACAGUGUGAUUCUUUAUCCCAAGGCCUACUCAGAGACGAGGGUCACCAAUGAGACAAAGAAUAAACAGCCACUUGAAUGUCCUGUGGCUGGAAAGGGGACCUUAAGCCCACUGGAGUUGGCUCCUCCAGGUCUGGCUUCUCUUUCUGCCUUCUUCCAUCUGGCACCCAGCCCCAAGGAGGGGAAGCGUCUCAAAUUGUUGACCUAGGAUGCAGUGUCCCAUCAGUGGUGGGGAACCAUGAGGGCUGGGCCUCCCUGUACCUUCCCAAAUUCUCUGGAGCUGUUUACACUUUUCUCUUUGCCUUUUCUACAUUUUUAUAACUUCUUGGGGACUCAGGGUUGAGCAGAGUGGAGUGGGGAGUCUGGUGCUGUCACUGCCUUGGCUGGGCUGGGCGACUGGCUGAGGGCCAGAGUGGACACUGGCUGCUUCUGCUGUUUGUCAGCUGUUCCCAGGGGCCCUCAAUCCAGCGUUCCUUACAGGGGUGGCUGUGGUGAGCCUCUAAGCUUGCCUGCCCAUCCCUCCCUUGCCCUUUGAUUUCGAGUGGACUGGGGUCAGGGUGCAACAGCAAGGCAGUGCAGGAUUGCAUUGAGGGCGCUGCAGCAGCCACAGCUCCAACCUGGCCUUUGGCAUAAGCAGAGUUUUGAUAGGAGAUGCCCAAGUUUGUCACCGUGUUUUUCUCCUUCCUUCUGUCUAUCCAUGGCUCCAGUCCCAAAGCCUUGUGUCCUACUCUAAUGUCAGGGGUCUGAAACUACUCCCUUACCCAUAGAAACGAUGAGGCUCACUGUUGGAGUGAUUCUGUUUGUCUGUGAUGCUGUCCUGUACCACAUUCAUACACUGAAGUGUAACCAGAGUAGGUGUCCCUCACCCUUCAGGGGAGGGGAAGCAUGGGGUCUUAAGGUCUCUUAAUGUAGGGAACAUGGGAAUAGACCAGGAGAGCCAAAGCAAGUAAACAGUCACUUAGCUCAUCUAAUGCUGCCUGAAUGGGAGGAGAAGAAGAUACCUCGUGUUUGCUAGUGUGUUGUGGUUUAGCUUAUCAGGACCUCAUUUCUAGGACUAGGAAGGGCUAGCCUGCCAACCCUGGCAACUGCCCCUCACCCCUGGCCUCCUGUCCUAGCCCCUGGGAGUUUGCAUGUUGAAGCUAACCUAUGCCCAGGGUCUCUUUGCCUUGUCUACCUGCUCUAUCAACACGUCUGUCUCAUCUCACUGCCCCCAUAUUCUUCCCUCAGGUGACCACAGACAGCGAGUCCAGUGAGAGGUUUAUUCAACUCAGUUCCCUUUGCUCAGGGCCCUGGAAAGUUAGGAAAAGUAAACUACAGCAGCUUUCUUUCCCCCUUCCAUUCCUCAAGGAAGCCAAGUGGUCCCCAUUGAAAGACUACAAGAGACCUGAAGAAACCUAGUAGGGUCUGGACCUGAGCAGGGCUUGGUUUCCCCAGGCUGCCACAGAGGCAGGAGAGGCCCACCCCACUCUGAAGAGAGAAGAUGCAAGGAGCUGGCCCAGGACCAUUUUGAACUCUUUUUUUUUAGAGGGAGGGACCACCUCUCUGGUGCUGGGGCAGGGUGCAUGGGGGUUUGCUUCUAGCCUAC